CGAAGUCGGACUCCCAUGAUUGUCUCAGAGACUUUCCUAUAAAAUCUUAGGAUAGACGUGCUGGCGUUGACGUGCAUCGCCGGUGUUCCUCUGGACCUCGAACAAACUUGCAAUGUCUGUGGAAGCCCACUAUACAGCACUUUCCGAGAUUCCUAAGAUACAUGCGCGUGUCCACGAGUACUUCCAAUCUGGAGUCACCAGGCCGCUGGCCUAUCGUCGGCGCCAGCUCAUUCAGCUCGCCCGCAUGCUCCAGGACAAUGUCGUUGCCCUCGAGGACGCCAUGAUCGAGGAUCUUGGGAGAGAACGCCAGGACACCACAGGCCCGGAGACCGCUCCGGCCAUCCAGGCAUGUCUCAACGCUAUGAACAACCUUGAAGAGUGGACGAGGCCCGAGAAGCCCAAGGUCGAAGAAUGGCGGGGCUCAUGGGACACUACAAUUUAUCAUGUUCCCAAAGGUGUCGCGUUAUUCAUCCUCCCUUGGAACCAUCCCGUCGUUAUUACCUUCCUCCCUUUAGUCGGCUGCAUUGCUGCCGGCUGUCCCGCUGUUCUCAAGCCGUCAGAGCACGCUCCUGCGUCUUCCGCGCUUCUUGCAUCUCUGAUACCACAAUAUCUCGAUACGCAGGCUUAUGUUGUAGUUCAAGGUGCAGUUCCCCAAGCCACCGCUUUGCUUGAUUUCCCGUGGGGCCAUAUUUUCUUCACGGGAGGGAUCCACAACGGGCGCAAGAUCGCCGCGGCGGCCGCGAAGUUUGUGACGCCACUCACGCUCGAACUCGGGAGCAAGAGUCCGGUCAUCGUCAGCCCCGAGUGCGACAUGGAGCUCGUGGCGAAGAGGAUGCUGUACGGAAAGCUACUGAACACUGGCCAGGCGCGUAACAUCCCAACUGCUCAAUCAUUCAUGCUGAUUCUGUGCGUCCAGGUCUGCGUCGCCCCUGACUAUGCGCUGGUACCGCGGUCCGUCGCUCCGGCAUUCUACGAGGGUAUGAAGAAGGCACAUGCAGUCUGCUUCCCGCUCGAUCCUCUUCGUCCCGACUCGACGUGGGGAAAAAUAGUUAAUGAACACCACUAUGAUCGCCUUGAGCGAUUGAUCAAAGAAACGAAGGGCAAAGUUAUAAUCGGUGGCCGCAGCGACCCUGUAACGCGUCGGAUCUCCAAUACAGUCGUCGCAGACGUCAAGCUGGACGAUAUAUUGAUGGAAGAUGAGGUAUUCGGGCCUGUGUUAGCUGUCGUUGAGGUUGAUGACGUUGACGAAGCGAUUCGCAUUGUCGCAGCUCGCCCUCAUCCUCUCGUGCUAUACGCCUUCACAAACGAAGAAGAGAUAAAGGAGAAAAUCCGCAACCAGACCAACAGUGGCUCACUGGUGCUCAACGACACACUCAUACAACUUGCCAUUUACGAAAUGCCCUUCGGAGGGAUCGGCGCUUCUGGCUACGGCAGCUACUUUGGCAAGUACAGCUUCGACACGUUCACGCACUGCCGUGGUUACAUCGAUGUUCCCCCCGCAGUGGAGCCGUAUUUCAAGCAUAGGUACCAGCCGUUCACCGAGGAGAGUUACAAAGCCAUGUGCGCUGGAGCCUUCGUCAAGAUCCCGGAUGCUUGAUUCUCCCACGACUGGACCCAAAGCGCGUCUGUACAGUAUUUAUAUAUAUAUCCCCCGAAGACAAUGGAAUGCUUGCAGCGAACCGCGCGGUCCAUGAGGCACCGGCCCUGGCGCAUCUGUCAAAGCGUGAAUUCGUCCCGUUUAUAAGCAGGUAACCAUCUAUUCCGUACGAUAUGGAUCAGUUGGCAGGCAGGGAAGUCAAGGCUAGGGUUCUCCUUCGGGAGAAGCCUGAUACUACGGUGCGUGUGUGGCAGAUCACUCGUCUUUAAAAUGUCGAGG